UAGAAAAAGCGAAGUCCACUCCUACUCACUCCGGUUUAUCGAGACCACUGUAUACCGUCUUGUCAUCCUGAAGCAUAAUUUAAGUGAUUCAUUUUUUUGUUUAUUUAUCAGAUAGAUCUCCACUAAAUCUCGUCGACUAUGCUGAAGAACGUCGUAGCACUGGUUACCGGAGGUGCAUCUGGCCUUGGCCGUGGUACAGCCCAGCGAUUUGUGAGAAAUGGAGGAAAAGUUGUAAUUGCUGAUUUACCCAUCUCUAAGGGCAAUGAAGUAGCGCAGGAACUUGGAGAGAAUGCUGUGUUCACACCCGUGGAUGUAACAUCGGAGACAGACAUCAUUCAAGCUCUGGAAAUAGCAAAAGAGAAAUUCGGCCGAUUGGACGUAGUGGUGAACGCUGCCGGGAUAGCAACCGCCAUUCGCGUCUACAAUUACAAGAAAAAUCAUGCGCACGACAUCGAGACAUUUUCAAAAAUCAUUCAAGUGAAUACAAUCGGCACUUUUAAUGUAAUUCGUCUAGCAGUGGGGCUCAUUGGGGUCAACACACCCAAUGAGGAUGGACAGCGCGGUGUAAUUGUCAAUACAGCGAGUGUUGCAGCCUUCGAUGGUCAGAUUGGCCAGGCAGCCUACGCAGCCAGCAAAGCUGGAGUUGUGGGUAUGACCCUGCCCAUUGCCCGUGAUCUCGCUAACCAAGGAAUCAGAGUCUGUACAAUAGCUCCUGGACUAUUUGAAACUCCAAUGCUUCAGAAUUUGCCUGACAAAGUUCGUAAUUUCUUAUCUAAGAGCAUUCCAUUCCCUCAGAGGCUUGGAAAGCCUGAGGAAUAUGCCCAGUUGGUUGAGUCCAUCAUACUGAAUCCAUUGUUGAAUGGAGAGACGAUCAGACUCGAUGGAGCCCUUCGCAUGCAGCCAUAAAUAUAAAUACAGUUGACAAUUGCCUUGUUGAAUUUUUUGAUACUAUUUUCCAUAUUAUUAAAAAUGAAUAAAUAGAUUGAGCUGAGCAAUUAUUUUUCAAGCAA